ACAACUGGUAAGAAAAGUAUAGUACUUUCCAGUGAAACCAGGAAAGAACUAGCCAAGCAAGCCAAAGUUACCAAAGAGGAGAGAAGAGCUCAGAUAGAUGAAAGACACAAGUAUUUGAUAUCAAGAUUAGCAGAUGGGAUAGGCUUAAGUGAGCAGCAAGUGGAGGAGGCCAUUAUUUGUGAUGACAAGUUUCAGCUUAUAGAACAAUUCUUUGCCCCUAAUGGACUUAAAAAGUUGCUCUUCUUUUACCAAGAUGUAUUGCAGCAAAAGUCAAAUGCAUCGUUGAGUUCAGAUGGGUCAACAACCAGCUUGCUUCAGAAGAAGUUAUUUUUUACCAUGGGUUCUACUGAGAACUUCACAGGAACUUGUGCAUUUUUCCUAAGGACAUCAGAAAAAGUUUUAACUGCAUCAAACAUUUUCCAGGAGGUGAAUUUUGGCAUAUUUGAUUGUACUAAUGGAAGUAUCCUUCAGGGCCUGGAAUUUUUCUUGUCCCAGAUCAUGGUACCAGCACUUAAAUCCCAGCAGAACUGGGGAGCUGUGAAAGAAGGCUUGAAGAACAGCCAGAUACAAGACUUUCUCUAUUCAGUGGAUAAAUUUGUGGGUACUCUGUCAUCAUCAAGACAGAAUAUAGAAGAUAAAAUUGAGCUCACGAAAGUGGAUAUUGAUAUUUAUAUCAGCAACUUACAGAACCCAUCUGACUACAUAACUGCAGGCAGUAACACAGAGGUCACUGAGAAACUUGAAGAAGUGCUCAUGAUUUGGAUCAAACAGAUCAGACAAGUUUUGGUGAAGAGUGAACAAAUGAGAAGAGAAGCUGAUGACACUGGUCCAUCUGCAGAGCUGGAACACUGGAAGACAAGAAUGUCAUCAUUUAACAGUCUUUUAGAUGAGAUCAAGAGUUCAAGAGUAAAGAAAAUUAUAACUAUUCUUCAGGCAGCAAGAUCAAAGACAUUGAAGCAGUGGAAAGAGCUGGAUGGUAAUGUAACAAUUGCUGCCAAUGAAGCUAAGGACAACGUGAGAUAUCUAUAUGCAUUGGAUAAAUUUUUUGGUCCACUUGCCAAAGCUUCGCCUGUAACAAUGAUGGAACACGUACCCAGUUUAAUGAAUACUGUCUGUAUGAUAUACUGUACAUCGCCAUACUACAACACGUCAGAGCGCUUGACAUCACUUCUUCUUAAAAUCACUAAUCAAAUGAUUAACACAUGCAAGAUUUAUCUAUGUGAAGGUGUUUCAAAAAUCUGGGAUCUGGACAGGCAAGAAUUGCUAAAGAGGAUACAACAAUGCAUUUCCCUCAAGGAACGGUACCAAACAUCCUUCCAGAGAAUUAGGGAGGCACUAAAGGAAAAGCCAAGUGACAGGCAAUUUGAUUUCAGUGAAAACUAUAUAUUUGGAAAAUUUGAUACAUUCUGUAAACGCUUGGAGAAGAUUUCAGACGUGAGCAGUGUUAUGGAAAGCCUUUUAGAGCUACAGCAUAUAAAAAUAGAAGGUAUUGAAGAGAUCAGUAGUCAUUACCAGAGCAUUGCUACAAAUGCCAAAUCCAAACAGUAUGAUAUUCUGGAUCACAGAAAAAAAGAGUUUGAAAAAGAUUACCUUGAAUUUAAGAACCAAAUUGCAGCAUUAUAUGAGUCCAUACAAGAAUUCGUGGAUUCCUGGUUUGAGCAGACUGUAACUACUGAACAGAUGCUGGGACUUCUGAUGAAGCUUGAAAAAAUAGGAGAAAAUCACAUUGAUCUCAGUGAGAAGUAUACCAUUGUCCUUCAACAGUACAGCCAAGACUUGGAGUUUGUUCGAAAACUCUAUCAGGAGCAAAAAGAAAAUCCACCUGUAUCACGUAAUAUACCACCAGUAACAGGGAAGAUUAUGUGGGCUGAGCAGUUAUACAGAAAAAUUGACCAUCCAAUGACAUUCCUUAAAAAGAAAACCACACUUCUGAAGACACGCGAAAUGAAAGAGGUUGUUAAGAGCUACAAUAAAAUGGCUGCAGUUCUUUUAGAAUUUGAACUUAUUUAUCAUAGAGCCUGGUGCAGGUUUGCUGACCAGGCUAGAAAUGCUCUCUAUGCUUCCUUACUUGUCAGGCACCCAGAAACCAAGGAAUUACUUGUAAACUUGGACCCAGUGGUCCUGGAAGUACUUUAUGAAACAAAAUACCUGAAAAAAAUGCAUUUUGAAGUUCCAGAUGUUGUCCUUGGCUUGUGUGCAGCUGAAAAGCAGAUUAAAAGACAUCAAGUGGAACUCCAGAAUCUGUUGGUCAAUUACAAAGAGCGUCUGGAUGCGAUUCCUGUUAUGCUGAGACCACUGAUGAAACCAUUCAUAGAACAAGUUGAGGAUGCCCUUUCUCCGGGUCUGGUGCAGCUGUCAUGGACUUCUUUGAACAUCAGUAGAUUUAUUGAGAAUGUUUAUAGUACCCUGAGGAAGUUGGACUAUGUAGUCAAAGAAGCGGCUGAUACCCUGGAAUGCAGAAUUGAAAGAACUCUAGAGGAUAUGUCGAACACUGCUCUCAUAAUUUUGCCUGAAGAUGAACCUAUAGAUGUGCUUUCUUUCGUGGAACAGACAGAAAAGCUUGCUGUCUCUACUGCUCACAAACUGUCUCAACAGAGUCAACAAGUUGAACGCUCUACCUAUGAACUGGUAGAUGUUCUUAAGCACAGGCUGAAAGCAGAUGCCCGAAGAACUCUGGAGGAUUCAUACGCCUGUACGCAUCCAGACAUGAAGCAGAAAACACGCUGCCAAGAAUGCCUGUCCUGUAGCUACUAUAAUCUGAUGGGACAGCUUUGUCAGAAGAAUACUGACUCUCUAGUCAGAUGCACGAAGAUAUCUUUAGAGUCCUUAAGACAUCGAUUGCAUGUUGUUGACUCUAGGUAUCAGAUGAUCAAGUUCGUAGAGACACAGAGGGUUCCUUUGUUCAAAGCUGAAAUUCAACUGGCUAUUCCAAAUGUGGUUUUGAGACCAAGUCUUGAAAAUAUUCAGAGUGCUGUAAACAAAGCAGUAAAUAUCAUCUUAUCAAUAGCCAAAGAUAUCCCCCUGUGGAAAUUUGCUUACUUACAUCAGCAGCAGCAGCAGAUUGAACAAGCUGCUGCUGUAGAGCUAGGUGACGAGAGUAAACUCAUCAGGAUGGUGGCACUGAAACCUUUAGACAAACAGAUCAUCGAGCAUAAGGAUGUGAACAAAGUGGUGAUCCAACUAAAUACAAUUAUUUUAUCUCUCAGAGAUAAAGCAUCAGAUCUUCUGAACAGCUUUUCUGAAUUUUCAGGCAUCUGGAACAAGGAUCCAGAGGAAAAAGUGAGGGAAUUUAUAGAUACUAAACCAACAACGGCUGAAUUCCAAACCCAAAUUGGAUACUUUUCUCAAUUAGAAAUGCAAAUCAGAGAACUGCCAAAUCACUGUGUACUGGAAUCUGUGGAUAUUGCGACAGAGUCAUUGAAAAUAGCCUUAAUUCAGACAAGACAAAGAAUAUUUGGAUUAGCUUUGAAUAAGAAGUCUGCUACAGACAUGGAUGAAAUCUAUUUGUUCAUUGAAAAUGUUAGCAAGAGAUUAAGCAGACCUAUCCAUGACCUUGAUGAUGUACGGGGAGCAAUGGAAGCACUAAAGGAAAUUCGAGAGAAUGAGGUCAAAAUUGACAUGACAGUUGGACCUAUAGAAGAAUCUUACUCUGUGCUUCAUAAAUACAAUCUGCUCUUUCAAGAUGGAAAUACAGAAAGAGUUGAUGGAUUGGCUUAUGCCUGGAAGAACCUAAACACACAGGCACUGCAGGUUGAGGACUUGCUGCUGAAGGUACAGCCAGAGAUGAAAACAGAUUUACUGAGUGGUGUUCAAAAAUUCCAGAUUGAUACUGCAGAAUUUUGCAAAGAUUACAAUGAAAAGGGCCCCAGUGAGGAGAAUGUUCCUCCCCAUGAAGCAAGUGACAGAUUACAGAUCUUUCAAGCCAAAUUUGAUGAACUAUGGCGGAAGUAUAUCUCCCUUUCUGGUGGGGAAGAAUUAUUUGGUCUUCCUAUUACAGAGUACCCUGAACUGCACAAAAUUAAACGUGAGCUUUCAUUGCUUCAGAAACUUUACAGUCUUUAUAAUGCAGUUACUGCUAGUAUCGAUGGAUACAAUGAAAUGCUUUGGAGUGAUAUAAAUCUUGAAAAAAUUAACAGUGAACUUCUGAAUUUUCAAAGCAGAAUCCGCAAGUUACCAAAGGCAUUGAAGGAAUGGCAAGCUUUUCAAGACCUCAAAAAAAAAAUUGGUGACUUCACAGAGAGCUGUCCUUUGCUUGAAAUGAUGGCAGACAAAGCAAUGAUGUCACGACACUGGGAAAGAAUUGCACAAGUAACUGGACAUCACUUUGAUGUUCACUCUGAAAAUUUUGCUUUGAAAAACAUAAUGGAGGCCUCUUUAUUAAAAUAUAAAGAAGAUAUUGAGGAUAUCUGCAUCAGUGCUGUUAAAGAAAAGGAUAUUGAAGCAAAAUUGAAGCAUGUCAUCAGUGAAUGGAGUACUCAUGCUUUCAGUUUUGGCCAAUUCAAAAGUCGAGGAGAACUCCUUCUGAAAGGAUCAGAUAUACUGGAGAAAAUAGCUUUGGUGGAAGACAGCAUCAUGGUAUUGGGGUCACUCAUGAGCAACAGGUAUAAUGCACCGUUUAAGUCCACUAUACAACAGUGGGUUCAGAAGCUGACCAAUACUGCAGAGAUAAUUGAAAGCUGGAUUACUGUACAAAACCUCUGGAUUUACCUUGAAGCUGUGUUUGUUGGUGGAGAUAUUGCAAAACAACUACCUCAGGAAGCCAGAAGAUUUCAGAACAUUGAUAAAGCAUGGCAGAGAAUUAUGCAGAGAGCACAUGAAAUAUCGAACAUGGUGCAGUGCUGUGUUGGAGAUGAUACUUUGGCACAGCUGUUGCCACAUUUGCUGGAACAAUUGGAAAUCUGCCAGAAAUCACUGACUGGCUAUUUGGAAAAGAAACGGUUAAUAUUUCCAAGAUUUUUUUUUGUAUCUGACCCUGCUCUUCUGGAAAUCCUUGGUCAAGCAUCUGAUUCCCACACUAUUCAGGCACAUUUAUUAAGUUUGUUUGACAAUGUUAACCGAGUGGGAUUUCAUGAAAAAAACUACGACCAGAUUUUACUUUUUGAAUCUCAAGAAGGAGAACAAGUCAAUAUUAUUGAACCAGUUGUAGCUCAGGGCAAUGUGGAAUUCUGGUUAGGUCAGCUGCUGAAUGGGAUUAGGAAAACAAUCCACACCAUCAUUAGACAGGCAUCAAUGGCCAUUAGCGAUUCAGGAUUUAAGCUGUAUGACUUUCAAGCAAUGUUUCCUGCACAAAUAGGACUUCUGGGAAUUCAAAUGAUCUGGACCAGAGAUGCAGAGAAUGCACUGAACAGCGCCAAAACAGACAAAAAGGUAAUGCACACAACAAAUCAGAAGUUUUUGGAACUUUUAAAUGAUUUGAUUGACACGACAACACACAAUCUCACAAGAAUGGAGCGCACAAAAUAUGAAACGUUAAUCACCAUUCAUGUGCACCAGAAGGAUAUCUUUGAUUUGGUCCGUAUGAACAUUAAAUCUCCAUCUGAUUUUGAAUGGCAAAAGCAGUCUCGAUUUUAUUUUCUUGAAGAUGUGGAUAAAUGCAUUGUCCAAAUCACCGAUGUAGAGUUCACCUACUGCAAUGAAUACUUAGGGUGCACAGACAGGCUUGUUAUAACUCCAUUAACUGACAGGUGUUACAUCACUCUGGCACAGGCACUGGGCAUGAGUAUGGGAGGUGCACCAGCAGGACCUGCAGGCACAGGGAAAACAGAAACAACCAAAGACAUGGGCAAAUGCCUGGGAAAAUAUGUUGUUGUUUUCAAUUGUUCAGAUCAAAUGGACUACAGAGGACUGGGCCGUAUUUAUAAAGGUUUAGCCCAGUCGGGUGCAUGGGGUUGCUUUGAUGAAUUUAACCGCAUUGAACUUCCAGUUUUAUCAGUAGCUGCUCAGCAGAUAUAUAUUGUACUUCAGUGUAAGAAAAACAAGAAGCCUCAGUUCAUUUUCACUGAUGGUGAUGUUGUUGACAUGGACAGAGAAUUUGGUAUAUUUCUGACAAUGAAUCCUGGCUAUGCAGGACGACAGGAACUUCCAGAAAAUCUGAAGAUUCAGUUUCGCACAGUUGCUAUGAUGGUGCCUGACCGUAGCAUUAUUAUGCGAGUCAAGCUGGCAAGUGCUGGUUUCCGAGACAACCAAAUCCUCAGUCGAAAAUUCUAUACACUCUACAAACUCUGUGAAGAGCAGUUAUCUAAACAGGUUCACUAUGACUUUGGGCUUAGAAAUAUCCUGUCUGUUUUAAGAACACUUGGAGCAGUGAAAAGAUCUAAUCCCAAAGAACCAGAGAAAACUGUAGUGAUGAGAGUUCUCCGGGACAUGAACCUCUCCAAACUGGUAGAUGAAGAUGAACCUUUAUUUAUGAGUCUCAUUAAUGACCUGUUCCCUGGAAUUACUCUGGAUAAAGCUGGGUAUCCUGAACUACAGUCAGCCAUCCAGAAACAGACAGAGAAAGCAGGGCUUAUUCAUCAUCCACCAUGGAUACUUAAAGUUAUUCAGCUGUAUGAAACUCAACGAGUCCGACAUGGUAUGAUGACUCUAGGUCCAGCUGGUGCAGGAAAGACAAAAUGCAUUAAUAUUUUGAUGAAAGCAAUGACAGAUUGUGGUGCUCCUCAUAAAGAGAUGAGAAUGAACCCAAAGGCAAUCACAGCUUCCCAGAUGUUUGGUACCCUUGAUGUUGCUACAAAUGACUGGACAGAUGGUAUUUUCUCUACAUUAUGGAGAAAAACUUUAAAAGCAAAGAAGGGUGAGCAUAUCUGGAUAGUUUUGGAUGGACCUGUUGAUGCAAUAUGGAUUGAAAAUCUGAACUCGGUUUUGGACGAUAAUAAGACCCUUACUUUGGCCAACGGAGAUCGUAUUCCAAUGUCCCCAACUUGCAAAAUUAUUUUUGAACCUCACAACAUUGACAAUGCUUCCCCUGCAACAGUUUCUCGCAAUGGGAUGGUCUUCAUGAGUUCUUCGGUGUUAGACUGGAAGCCUAUUUUAAAGGCUUGGCUGCAAACGCUACCUCUUACAUACUCUGAUGUCCUAUGGAAUUGCUUUAAUGCUGUUUUUCAGGAUGUGAUAGAUUUUGUUUUCUCUGCUGUGACACCAAAAAUGACAAUUUUAGAAUGUAUGUACAUCAAACAAGCUAUUGACCUCCUACAGGGUCUAUUGUCUGACCGAGGUGAGAAGCAGCUCAGCGAGGAACAUAUUGCUCGCUUGUUUGUUUUUGCUGUGAUGUGGUCAGCCGGAGCUCUUUUGGAACCGGAUGACAGGCUGAAAAUGGAGCUGUUCCUACGGAAGCAUUCUGCAGUGAAAGAACUUCCAGCUGUGGAUGGAGAAGAAACCAUGUUUGAAUUUGGUAUCAAUGCCUGUGGCCAGUGGGAGCACUGGUCAAAGAAGGUCCCUGAAUAUAUUUACCCUAAAGAUUCAAUACCAGAAUAUACUUCCAUUCUAGUUCCGAAUGUAGACAGCGUCCGAACACACUUUCUAAUGCACACUAUCAUGAGGCAAGGAAAAGCUGUUCUGCUAGUUGGGGAACAGGGAACAGCAAAAACAGUCAUGAUUAAGGAUUACACAAGCAAAUAUGAUCCUGAUGUUUACUUGACCAAAUGCCUAAACUUUUCUUCUGCAACUCUGCCGAAUAUGUUCCAAAGGAGCAUAGAAAGUUACAUAGAUAAAAGAAUGGGCACCACAUAUGGACCUCCAGCAGGGAAGAAAAUGACAGUCUUUAUUGAUGACAUCAACAUGCCUGUGAUUAAUGAAUGGGGUGAUCAGAUCACCAAUGAGAUUGUAAGACAGCUGAUGGAACAGAAAGGUUUUUACAAUUUGGAGAAGCCAGGAGAAUUCACCAAUGUAGUUGACAUCCAGUUUGUAGCUGCUAUGAUUCACGCUGGGGGUGGUCGGAACGACAUCCCACAGCGCCUGAAACGCCACUUCGCCAUCUACAACUGCACACUGCCUUCCAGUUCCUCUAUUGACAAAAUAUUUCGAACAAUAGCUGAGGGCUAUUUCUGUGAACAACGACAUUUCCCUGCAGAAAUAUGUAAACUGGCUUCAGCAUUAGUAUCUACAACUCGAAAGGUUUGGCAAGCGACAAAAGCAAAGAUGUUACCAACUCCAGCUAAAUUUCAUUACAUCUUUAAUUUACGAGACCUCAGUCGUAUUUGGCAAGGAAUACUUACAGUUACUUCUGAAGUCUGCCAGAGCAUCAGUGUUUUGGUAGCCUUGUUCCAGCAUGAAUGCAGACGUGUUAUUGCAGACAGGUUCAUCAGCCAAAGUGAUAAAGACUGGUUUGAGGACAUGAUGAAAAAGAUUGCUUAUGCAGAACACGGUCAAAAUUUAUUUGAAGAUAUGUCUACAGAAUCAUACUUUGUGGAUUUCUUGCGUGAUGUCCCAGAAGCUACUGGAGAUGAACCUGAUGAUGCAGAGUCGAAGGCUCCUAAAAUUUAUGAGCCUAUCCCAUCUUUGGAUUAUUUGGCUGAAAGAUUACAGAUGUUCAUGCAACAGUACAAUGAAACUAUCAGAGGAUCAAAGAUGGAUUUAGUAUUUUUCAAGGAUGCAAUCAUCCAUUUGAUAAAAAUAUCACGCAUUAUUCGUACUCCACAAGGAAAUGCAUUGUUGGUGGGUGUGGGUGGAUCUGGAAAACAGAGUCUGACCAGACUAGCAUCAUAUAUUGCUGGAUAUGAGAGCUUUCAGAUUACUUUAACAAGAACAUAUGCCACCACCAACCUUCUGGAUGAUUUGAAAAUCUUGUACCGCACUGCUGGGCAAAAAGGAAAGGGCAUUGUCUUUAUAUUCACAGACAAUGAAAUCAGAGAUGAAUCUUUUCUUGAGUACAUGAACAAUGUUUUGGCUUCAGGUGAAGUCUCAAACCUUUUUGCACGAGAUGAAAUAGGUGAAAUCACGCAAGACCUUAUACCGGCCAUGAAGAAGGAGCACCCAAAGCGUACUCCCACUGGUGAAAAUCUUUAUAAUUACUUUCUUACUCGAGUUCGUAAUAAUCUGCAUGUGGUUCUUUGUUUUUCUCCCGUUGGGGAAAAAUUCAGAACUCGUGCACUCAAAUUUCCAGGUCUGAUUUCAGGCUGUACUAUGGACUGGUUCCAGCGCUGGCCUAAAGAUGCUCUUGUAGCAGUUGCACAGCAUUUUUUAGUUUCCUACCAUAUUGAGUGCACAGAUGAAGUGAAACAGAGUGUUGUUAACACCAUGGGAACAUUUCAAGAUAUUGUAGCUGAAAAAUGUGUUGAAUACUUUGAACGAUAUAGGCGAAGAACAUUUGUGACUCCAAAAUCUUACCUGUCCUUCAUUGGAGGAUACAAAACUAUUUACAAAGAGAAGUUUGCCAAUGUUGGAAGUUUGUCUGAACGUAUGAGAACAGGUCUUGCAAAACUGAUGGAAGCUGAGGUUUCAGUAAAUCAUCUUUCCAAAGAGCUGGUGAUGAAGGAGAAAGAUUUGGCUGUGGCUUCAAAAAAAGCCGAUGAAGUUCUAUUGGAAGUAACUAUGAAAGCACAAGCUGCCGAAAAGGUCAAAAUGCAGGUGCAAAAGGUAAAAGACAAGGCUCAGGCCAUUGUGGAUGACAUUGCCAUUGAUAAAGCAGCAGCAGAAGAGAAGCUUGAAGCUGCACGACCUGCAUUGGAAGAAGCCGAAGCAGCCCUGCAGACAAUAAAACCUUCUGACAUUGCAACUGUUCGCAAACUGGGUAAACCUCCUCACUUGAUAAUGCGAAUUAUGGAUUGUGUGUUACUUUUAUUCCAAAGAAAAAUAGACUCAGUAACACCUGAUCAGGAACGCCCAUGUGUGAAGCCAUCGUGGACUGAGGCUCUGAAACUAAUGAAUAAUUCAGGAUUUCUUAGCAUGUUGCUUACUUUCCAGAAGGACUCAAUUACAGGAGAAACUGUGGAGCUUUUAGAGCCUUAUUUGGAUAUGGAAGAUUAUAAUCUUGAGACUGCUAAAAAAGUGUGUGGAAGUGUAGCAGGUCUUUGCUCAUGGACACAAGCAAUGGCUUAUUUCUAUGGUAUUAAUAAAGAAGUCCUUCCUCUUAAG